GCUCGUACGCUUGAUAUUAUGCCUUUCGAAAAGAGAUCAGGUGGAGCAAGCGGGUUAGGGGUGUCAGUUUCCACACAGGCGGACAUAGCUCACUCAGCGAAGGGCUACGAGUCGGAGGAUGAGAACGCGGGCAGGAAGCGGCAGCGGGCCAGCGACGACCGCCCGCCCAGCAAGACAAACAUGUACUCCAAACAGGAGUUCCGGGAGCAGUACUGCAUCAACAACAAACAACUGGAUCUGCUGGAACUGGAGAAAUCAAAGAAGGACAGAUUCCUCGGCUGCCUCUCGCAAUACCACAUCGAGAGUCCAUGCUCACGAGCCAAUAGAGCAUCAUUUCUAUCCGUCUGUGUCCGUCGUCGAGUGCCCUCGGAUGAGAAUCUCAACACCGAUUAUGCACCCAUACAGCGGUAUCCCAGAUUUGGCCAGCCAUCUCCCGCACCGGCCGAGCUGUGCGCACACGACUCCGAACUGGAGUGCUCGUACUUCCGUCGGCGGCCGCGCUCCGUGUGCAGCCAGCCUGACCCCAAACGCUACACCUGGAUGCCAGAGGAUGAAGACUUCACCCGGAUGGAGUGGCCACAAUCGGUAAUAGAAGAUAACGCGGGUUGGCCGCAAAAUUAUAAUGUCGACCAAAUCGCGUCAGUAAGCCGAGGGGGUUCUUUACCUAGACCCCCUACAAUUAUACCUUGCCCCGCGCACACCCCUAUACCGCCUCCGCCUCCACCGCCACCCCUCACUAUACCUCCGCACAGAACUAAACAUGUAUCCUUCGCCCGAUCUCACACUCUGACUACCUUCGAUGACUCCGUGAUGCCUGCAGCUGUAAGUGGGGGGCGCUACAGACGCGACUGCGAGCGCCUUAUUGAUGGCAGAACUGUAAAGCCGGAAUCAAAGCCGUACGCAGCUUUGCCUGUCAUAUUCCAACCGUUCGCACCGUAUCCGCAAUAUAUAGCUGCUCAGAACGCACCCGCAAUGCACUACCCGCCUCCUAUGGGUCCCAUGCCAACACAUCCGAUAGUACCACCGCAACGACCACAACAGGAGCAACCUAAAGUUGUUGUUUUAGAUUCCAUAAAAAAGGGAGUUAUGCGAACGCAAGCUACUCAAACUGAAGUCUGCCUAGGAAGAAAACCACUGCCUCCAAAUUAUCUAUCAUUAAGUCCCAGAACUAUCAAAAGAGUUAAGAUGGUGGCAGCUGGCGUUCAAACUAAUGGCUACACGGUUGGUGUAAGAAGACUAACGAAAUCUUUUUCUGAAGUUGGUGGUGAUCGCUUAUUAGGUCGUGAAACACAAAAUGAGAUCAAUGCCACGCUUGAAAGCUUUAUAAAUCACGAUCAUGAAAAACUCCAUAGAACUCAGUCUGAAGAGCCACCUAGAUCACCAAGAUCGCCUACUUCAGUCACGCCAUCUUCACCACUUUUGCAAAGAGGAGAUUCUGACGACGUGACUUCCGCAUCCAUUAAAUCUGUAGCUUCUUCACAAGUAGAUAAAUCUUCAGAGUUGAGCGCUCUUCAACGACAAGCUCAAGAGUAUUUCCAACAAAACUUCCAAUUUAUUCAUGAAAGUGAUCGUGACGAUACGAUCGAUGACGAUAUUGAUAAUAUAGAGAAGAGCAUGGCUCUUAAUCGUCGUAAUUUAGAAUAUUUGCAACAAGAAAUAGCUAAACAAACAAAAGCGGAACGUUCUUUAAAAUCAAUUUUGUCUAAAAGUACGAGUGAUGCAUCACAAAAGACAAUGACUACAUCUCAUCCACUGUCAAAAACUUCAACGUUUCAAUCGGAACCUUCUACUGAAACGUCCGCUACAACGACAGAUGACAGCGAAAAGAACGAAAAGGAAAUAAUAAUAGACUUCGAACCACGACCUGAUGAUGAAGCGAUACCAUUUACAACUUUACGAAGGAAAAACAAAAGGAUGUUACAAAAAACAAUGUCUGAAGGAGAAAUCUUGCUGGACGUAAGGAAAAAUGAAAUUAAUUCCAGUAGUGAAGGCAUCAAGGACGCUCCGAUAAUCAUGUCUACUAGCCAAGAAAAUAUGACCAGGGAGGAUCGUGAAAGGGAUGCUAUGUAUAAACAAUACAUUGGACAAAACUAUAAUCAAACACCAAUCAAAGAUGAGGGUAUUUUCGCUUUUGAACCUGAUGGUUCCUUCAGUUCUUCUGACGGGAAUGCACCUUAUGAAGAUUUUCAUGAAAAAUAUAUUAGUUACAAGCAUGAACCAUUUAGAAUUCGAAGCGUUAGUUUUGAGGAGCAAACAGACACAAUCAUCAGAGAUGAAAUGCCUUCACCCAGCACCGCUAAAUCGAGUCCCGGAUCUCCAGAUCCAGUUCAUAUUGACAAUGAGUUAGAACAAAAAACCAAACGCGCAGUUAUUACAAACAAGGUUACAACAAUCCUCGCGCCGUUAGAAUCAACAUCACCGUGCGCUUCGAAUGAGUCACUUACUAUUGACCAUAGCAGGGACCACUCAGAUGGCUUGUGGAAUGAAUCACAAACGACCGUAUUGCAAGUGGACUCCGGAACAGAUAAUGGGACCGUGAUAAGCUCAUCAGACCUUAGUUCUUUAGCUGCAUCGCCCGGUGCUCUGGCAUUAUUAACUCCAACAUCAAGAAGAAAACAACUGUUACUAUUACAGCACCAACAACGAUCGUCGUUGGAUACGGAUGCUUUAGACGAAGAAUUCGAUGCUUCACAGAGCCAGUCACCUACAUCCCCGCGAACGAAGUUAGAUGCAAGCAGUAUUAACUCUACACAACAAAUGAGGGUAUCAUUAUCGCCGCCAGCGGUAGUUCCCAAUGUUAUGUUACCAAUUACAAAACAGCCAAUGCUAUCUAAAACACCAUCACCAACGGGACUGCCUAAACCAAGUCAUACUCCAGCAAUUGCUAUUACACAUCCUAGUCUCGAUCUAUCUGAUGUACCGUUUAAAAGGACACCUAGCUUUAUUAACAAAAAGAGAGAAAGAGCUUUAAGCCCAUCACGACGAAGGGAUCUUCAAAAAAAAGCUCAGCAAAAAGAACCAAAUGGAUCAAUACCAAAACAAAUUAUGGAGUCACCGUCAGAACCUAUAUUAACGAAAACUGGAAGUAGUGAAACAAGUUUAGCUAGAACAGAUUCAGGUAGACUAAAUACAACUGAUUUAUCUGAAAGCACGACGACAACAGAAGAUUACGUUACCGCGAAUUCUGAUAGUUCAAAGAAAAGCAACAGCAAAAACCAAAACAGCCAUCCUGAAAAUAACAAAACGCAAGAAGGCUCCUCUUUUGAAAGUGCUUCUAGUCUGUAUUCAUCUACAAAAACUGAUAACGUUGCCGAAGAUUUAAUUGUUCCUAGUUUUUCACCACCACUACAAAUAAGUGAUGACUUUAUAGUUCCCGAUCUAUCAUCUCCUCCGUUGACUCUGACUGAUAAGAUAUCUAAACCUAGCGUAGAAAGAUUUGAAGUUAAAGCUGAUAUCAAUCAUACGGCUCCACCUAUUAGGAGAGAAAAGACUGAAAUAAUUAAAUCUAAAGAAGAAUUAUCAAAAGCUAGCACAACUACUCGUGGUACUGUUAGUGGUAAAAGUAGUUCUAGCGGUAGCUAUAGCAUAGGAGGGUCAAAUCCAAAUGUUACUGAAAGUGUUGAAAAUAAAAUUGCAAAUGAAAAAACUAAGAAACUUCAUGACGUGACCGAAACAAAGGAAGUACUAAAACCGAAGGAAGAUCAGAAAAACAAACAGGAUCAAAGAGAACAACUUGUACCGAAAAUGACGGGUUCUUUAUCCGAUGAUGAACGUAGUGCACAUUAUUCUUCGUCGGGUUAUUAUGAGAGUCCAGUGGAAGAUGAAGACGAUGGAGGAUUAACAUACAAGCAUUCGCAAAAAUAUAGGUCAAAUAAUCGCCAGAAGUCUUGGUUAACCGAUGACAAAAAAAGAAAAAAGAGAGCAUUCACUUUGGAAUUUUCCAAAUCCUGCGAUGACUCCAUAUCAACUUCUCAGGAUGAUUGGGGCAGAAAGGAUAAAGACAUUGAGUUUAAUUCUCGCUCUGAAAGAAACGCACAUAAACCGCCUAUUAGUAAAUCGCCUUUAGAAGAAAAAGGUUUAGAAUUCAGAAAGAAAAAAACUCAGUUCUUAGAAAAAAAUAAAACCUUGCAGUCAUCUCCCAAGGAACCUAUUGAUAUUGAUAAAGGACUCAAAGAAAAAACAAUGAAAGACAAAGAAACCGAAAGUAGGCGUCCUGUGGAAAGGGAGAGAUAUGUUAAAAGGACGAAACUUAAAGCUAAAAGUCCAACUCAAAACAAAAAUAUUGAUGGAAUUCACGGACACAGACCACAACAUUAUGAUAGAAGAGAAGUACUAGGGUCUAAUAUGAAGCUUCAUCUUAACAUUCCAACUUCUGACGACUCUAGUGAGCAGUACAGGAAAGAUGGAAUUGGCAACGGAAAUAUAUCUCCUCGCAAACACAGACGAUUACGCGAUAGUCCAAGAAGAAAGAAUGGACCUAAUUCGAUUUUAGCAAAAUCGCCUACAUCUGGAAAUAGUCAUGUUUACAGGCCCAGGAGGAAAAGUGGCUCAAAUGAAAGCAUAUCUCUGCCCGGUAGUUUACCCAGAAGAAAACAGUCCAUCCCAACAAUACCUUGCGUGAGUUCACUGGAAGCUGAGGAUAUAGAAACUACUCGGACUCUUGCGAAUGCUGGGUCAAGACUGACGCCAUUGCGUUAUGUCAAAAGCCCAACAACAUCGCCUCGUCAUCACCGUAAACAAGACAAAGAAGGUAAAUUUGCGAAAGCGGCUUCUGCAGAAUCACUCCGAUCCGUUUCUCCAGGGUCAGAUUCAGUUUUUUAUUCAGAACAGACGGAGCACAGUGUUGUGGCUGCUGAUGGUGAAGCUAAAGCGCAUUGCUUACAUUGUGGCAAGGAAGUCCAUAUUGUAACUGCCACACAUGAUCACGACAGUCGAGCUUCCAGAACUUCUCAUACUGACGAAUCAUAUGCCGAUGCCACUCCUGAUAUAGUACCAGCACCUGCUGGUUUCGCUGACUCUCCUUCGUGCGUGCCAUCCAAAAAACCUGCAAGUGGAGCAAGGCUGUACAAAAAGCUCGACAAGAGAUAUCGGUCUGAAGACAAAUCCAGACAUCAUUAUCGACACAGACAAGACGUGCGCGCAAAGUCUGAAGAACGUGGUAAAGAAGAAUACGCGUCUACUGAAAAACCUCAAGAUUCACGUAUAGCACGCUCAGCUGGGAACAGCCUCGACAAGCUCGGCGGAUCCAAUGCCAGUGUAGAUCCAGAUGAGCACGAAGAAUGUUCAGGCAGCUCGGAGGGUGCCGAGAAUAGUCGUGAGGAGAAGGGUGUCUACGCAGCGCCAUGGUGGUGCGGCAACUGGAUUAUGCUGUCGGAAAAUGAUGAUCACUGGACUAGGAUACCGCCAGACUUAAUAGACACAACGGAUUCAUGUCAUGAAGACCCCACGGAGUCAGAAGUGGAGUUCAACAAGAGAUAUGUGGCGCUGACGCACAGGCUCGUCCACAGAAGAGCAUGCAUUGAACUCAACAGAAGGCAGGCGGACAAUUCAUUCGAGAGCGACAAAACGGUGGUGGUGAGACGUGGAAAUGAAGAGUUUGGUUUCCGGAUCCAUGGCAGCAAACCCGUGGUGGUGUCGGCAAUCGAGCCUGACACACCUGCCGAGACCUCAGGGUUGGAAGUCGGAGAUAUUGUCAUCGCAGUUAAUGGAAUUAACGUUUUGGACAAGACACAUUCAGAAGUAGUGAAAAUUGCCCACUCCGGUUCAGAAAUUUUGGAGCUAGAAGUGGCAAGAACUUGCGAUGUGGUGGCUUCACUGGCACAUGAGGGCGGCGCGGCACUGUACUCGGGCUACCUUUGGCGUGCAGCGCCACGGCCGCACCAACCACACCAACCCGCACCGCCGCCACGGUGGACCCGCCGCUGGUUCGUGCUGAAGAGAGACAACUGCUUGUAUUAUUAUAAAACUGAUUCGAGCAUCCAUCCAGUGGGAGCGUUGAUGUUGGUGAACUAUCAACUAACAGAGGAAGACGCAGGUCGGCCGUUUGGUUUUCGCUUGCAGCGUGGCGGUGGCGCGCGAUUGCAACUAGCUGCCGACACUGCUGAGGCGUCCGCUAGAUGGCGCGCGGUGCUGGCACACGCUAUCGACGCUAGCAAUCAGCGGGAUGGUUGGCUAGAAGUUACUAUGAGGAACAUGAAACUUCCUCCAUCAUCAAUUCUACGUCCAGAUUGCUUCGGAUACUUGAUGAAACUCGGCUCCAAAUGGAAAUCGUGGGCAAAACGAUACUGCGUGUUGAAGGACGCUUGUCUAUACUUCUAUAAUGACGGCAAUAGUAAAAGUGCUUUCGGUAUGGCAUGUCUACACGGGUAUAGGGUUCAGAGCUGCGCUACGGGCGGUAAGAAGUAUGCCUUCGAAGUGAUGCCAACGGAGACGAAGCAGCGGCACUUCUACUUCCACACCGAGUCGGAGAUGGAUAGGAAACGAUGGAUGGCAGCUUUGGAGUAUUCAAUAGAUAGAUGGAUGAAAGCCGGUUGACGACGCACUAUAAUUUCCGAAGACUCAUUCGAUAUUGUAUAAUU